AUGACAACCGCAGUUUGUGAAAAUGUAGGUGUUUCCCGAGUUCCUAGUGACAAAGCCAGUUCUGCCUACUUGAUGCAAAGCAUUUGGAUGAAAAGCGCCCUGAAUGAUCCCUGCCUAUUCCACGCCACUCUCUUUGCAGGUUCCUCCUGUUUUGACCUUCUCCGCACCGAGAAGCAAAGCCCAAUCACUCUAUUUCAUCAGAAUGAAACCAUCAGAAUCAUCAACCAGCGCCUAUCGAACCCGACCUGGGCAUUGAAGGACACCACUAUCCUUGCCAUAACACCGCUCGCUCUAUUCUCAGCGCUGAAUGCCGACCAGGCAGCUGCUAAUAUCCACCGGAUGGGAUUAGAGAGGCUGGCCGAGCUCAAGGGCGGCCUCGACAAGCUGGGUCUUGACGGACUUACGUCAACACUAAUUAAUAGGAACACGGCGAUUUAUCGCAUAGCAUUCGACCCUGACAGCGGAAAUUUGGUAUCGGAACCUCCAAUUGGUCUAGAGGUGCGAAUCCUGAAUCCCACGACCGAAAAUUACUCCACGCCGCCAUAUAUAUCCAAAUCAUUGGUCAAAGAGCUCUUCCAAAAGAUUCAUGAUUUUAAACUCGACUGGAUUUCCAAGCAAUCAGCGACCGGCCUGCACCACCUGCUUGCCAACCAUAACAGGCCAUAUUUCAGCGUCAGUGCAACAACACCACCGGAAUUGCAGGACCCGAUUUACCACUGCUGCUUCCUCGCCACGCAGAUUUUUGGGGAAAUGGUGAAUGGUAGAACGCAAUUUCUUGAUGCACUGGUCGCCAAUCUGAAAGCAUCCCUGGCCUUGACAGAUGAGAAACUUUGGCUUUGUUAUCUCCCUAUAGAGUAUUCGUGGGUAUGUUUCACGGGAGCAGCCGCAUCGAAGGAUGCGAGGUUACGCCUCUGGUUCUACUUCAAGCAGUCAUCGUCCGUCAGGCUAGUCAAGGUAGUCGAGGAGUCUUGGUACCUGGGUGAAUUAUGGUCACAUGUUCAGUGGCUCAGAAUAAUCGGGCUGCACCCUGAGCCACCCACCUUCACUACACUUGAAUAG